GAGACUUUGCGACCUGCGCGCUGACGAAGGAACGGGGAAAGGGGGCUUGGCUUGGCCUCGCCUCGCCUUCCCACCGCCUGCGUGACAGGCACAAGACCGACACAUGUGGACAUUAGACAGCCCCCUAGGUGUCUCACUUUCUCGCCGUUCGCGCUGCUUCGUCCGCAGCCUUGACGUCAGCGCCGUGUUGAUUCGCUCCGGCUGCGAGACAAGGGAAGGAGUUAGUGCGCGUUGAGAGAGAACCAGAGAGCGGGGCUUACUAUGCUCCACGAGCCCGCCGUCCCCCUCUGUUAGCCCGCGUGCGCUCCGGACGUGACUCGCUAACUUCAGGUUUCCCACAGUAGCUCAAACCACUGCGGAGCGGGGGAAGGCUAGCCUCAUGAGUUGGCCUCGUGGACUUCCAUUGACGUCAUGGAUUUAACAAAGAUGGGUAUGAUCCAGCUGCAGAACCCCAACCACCCCACGGCGCUCCUGCACAAGGCCAACCAGAUGCGCCUGGCGGGCACGCUGUGCGACGUGGUAAUCAUGGUGGACAGUCAGGAGUUCCACGCCCACCGGACUGUGUUGGCAUGCACCAGCAAAAUGUUUGAGAUCCUUUUUCAUCGUAGCAGCCAACAUUACACCUUGGACUUUCUGUCGCCAAAGACGUUCCAGCAGAUUUUGGACUAUGCUUACACUGCCACGCUCCAGGCCAAGGUGGAGGACCUGGAUGACUUGCUGUAUGCGGCAGAGAUCCUGGAGAUCGAGUAUUUGGAGGAGCAAUGCCUCAAGAUCCUGGAGACCAUCCAGUCGUCGGACGAGAACGACGCAGAGGUCGGUGUUAACGACGGCAGCACCGAGGAGGACGAUGAGCGCAAAGGCCACAACGGAGUCAAGAACUCCAAAAAGCAUUCCAUUGAGAACCUCUACCUGUCGGGUACAGAGCAACUGUCUGCCAUGUCUGGCAUGGUGGACCAGAGUCCUUCAGUCUCCACAUCCUUUGGCGUCUCCAACUUGAGCCCCACCAAAGCUGCCGUGGACAGCUUGAUGAGCAUCGGCCAGACCCUGCUUCAGCAAGGCUUUGGCGGCGAACAUGGAAACACUCACCAUCUCAUGAAUGAGAUCAAGACCGAAAUGAUGCAGGUGGACGUGGGCGGAAAUGGCCAUGAAAGCAUGGAGUCCGGCGGUUCCAGCAACGGUGAGCGAGGAGGGGAUGACCGGAAUCGAGACGGACCGGGCACGCCAACCAGGAGCAGCGUGAUCACCAGUGCUCGCGAGCUGCAUUACGUUCGCGACGAUGGCAUGGGCGAUCCUCAAGCCGAAGUAAGCCACAUGGGUUUAGAAGCCAUGGCCGGGAUGGCGGAGAAACACUUGGCGUCCCUCUACUCCCUCCCUGUCAAUCACAAAGGCGACGCCAUCAUGUCCAUGCCGGUCUCAAUGGCCUCCGCCCUGCCCAUGUCGCCGGCCUUGGCCAUGUCAGUGGACUUGAGCGCCUAUGGCGGACUGCUUCCACAAAGCUUCAUCCAGAGGGAGUUUUUCAGCAAGCUCGGCGAGCUGGCGGUGGGCAUGAAACCCGACGGCAGGAACCAGCACGAACGCUGCAAUGUUUGUGGAGUGGAACUUCCAGAUAACGACGCAGUGGAGCAGCAUAGGAAGAUGCACAGCGGAAUGAAGACCUAUGGAUGCGAGCUGUGCGGGAAGAGCUUUCUGGACAGCCUGCGUCUACGCAUGCAUCUGCUGUCUCAUUCAGCUGGCGAGAAGGCCAUCGUAUGUGACCAGUGCGGCGCUCAAUUCCAGACAGAAGAAUCGCUGGAGGCCCACCGGCAGAUCCACACCGGUUCGGACAUGGCCAUCUUCUGCCUGCUGUGCGGCAAGCGUUUCCAGACGCAGACGGCGCUGCAGCAGCACAUGGAAGUCCACGCCGGCGUGCGCAGCUACAUCUGCAGCGAAUGCAACCGGACCUUCCCGAGCCACACGGCGCUCAAACGCCACCUGCGCUCCCACACAGCCGGGGACCACCCGUACGAGUGCGAGUUCUGCGGGAGCUGCUUCCGCGACGAGAGCACGCUGAAGGGCCACAAGCGCAUCCACACGGGGGAGAAGCCCUAUGAAUGUAAUGGCUGCGGAAAGAAGUUCAGCCUCAAGCACCAGCUGGAGACCCACUACCGCGUGCACACAGGUGAGAAGCCAUUCGAGUGCAAGCUGUGCCACCAACGAUCCAGGGACUACUCGGCCAUGAUCAAGCACCUGCGCACCCAUAACGGCGCCUCGCCCUACCAAUGCACCAUCUGCCUGGAGUACUGCCCUAGCCUGUCGGCCAUGCAGAAGCACAUGAAGGGCCACAAGCCUGAAGACAUCCCUCCGGACUGGCGCAUCGAGAAGACCUACCUGUACCUGUGCUACGUCUGAGAGCCCAGGAGGUAUCGGGGGGAAGGGGUGGGUUAUGAGGAGAAUGUAAUUAAGGCGUUAGAUGAAGAUAUGGCGAUGGAGGGUAGGCGAUGGAAAAGCUGAGCGUCGAAAGACUGAAGAGAACCUAGCGCAUUCUCUUCCUUUCUUGCAAAAGAGGCGACACAAAAAGGGUCCUCCCGGAAAGACUCGCAGAGACGUUGAGUGUCUGCCGUUCAUUCGGAAUCACCGGGUCAUUCCCGCACACGCGCGUAUUGUGUUACUGUGUUGUUGUUGUUUGUUUGUUUUUUGUUUGUUUUUUUUUCAUUUCAGGUUGCCUCGUGAUGCAAACAUGAGCUGCAGGGAAAGUCUUGCUGCUACAACGUUGACAGAUUCUCAAGGGCUAUCGAACCCAGACGAAAUCUUACACUUUUCAUUCAUAGAAUCUCUCUUGGCCCGCGACACUAGCGAUGUUUGUUGUCAUCAGUUUUUUUUGUUUUUUUUCACACGACUAAUCUCCCAGCAAAAUUGGAUCAGGUGACCAUGAUGUGAAUGUGAAAUCGCAGUUUCGAGGGGAAAAAAAAUUUAAACACUUUGUGUUUCUGGUAGUUGCCGUCGCAACUGAUACGAGCGUAGACCUCUGCCAAGGCCUGCCAGUACCCAAUUUACUUUGUAGAUACCCAAUUCCAGAGGAAUUGGAGGCAAAUGUCCCAAAAUUCCAAAUUUUUUUGUGCUCAUAAUCAUUGGGGAAACGUCCUGGAUCGGCUUCUUCCAUGGGCAGUUCCCAUACGGUAAAUAGUUCUUGCGUAAUCACUCCGACGAGAGAUUAAAAACCUCAGUCGCGAUUCUGCCAAGAUCAUACGAUCCCAAAUUGGGUCAAAUUGUACAUACGUGUUGAUACUGUACGUUCCCUCGUUCAUUCAGAUUCCUGAUUUAUCAACUGCGAGAUGCGACGCGGACUGAAAAUUGGACGACGUCCCAGUUUUCCGCUCGGUUUUGUAGUAAUCUGCCAAUUAGUUGUUUUUGUUUUUGUUUUUCGUAAUCAUACUAACGAUACUCCUUGUUAGAGGAAGCUCGAAUGGCACCUUGUGGAGUGCAGGCCUCUGUCAAGAGCCCACAUUUCCUGGAUUUUGAUUGUUCACUUUGAAACUGAUGCAAGUGCUAAAAAAGUGACCAAGUGCUCAAAAGUCCUCAAUCGCCAAGAUUUUUUUUCCUUCUUCCUUGGCCCCUGUUUGAAAGGUUUUGUGCAAAUCAGCAUAGUCAUAGUUUUUCUUGAUCCUGGUACAGAAAAAAAUUUUUAAAAAACACUGUAAAACAAUUAUGUAGAGCGCAGACGUUUUCAGAGAAAAUGAUCAAACUUGAGAAAAGAAGUUCCUGCAAUGUCAAAUUCCCCAGAGCCUCCCUGGAAUUAAUUCAGUUCUUUCUUCUGGAAAGGUUUUGUGAUCUUUAUCUAUUUUUUACUUUAUUUUGCUGAAAAAAAAAAAUUGCAUGACGGCAUCGCCAAGCAUCCUUAGUGUUGCGGUCACUCGAAGGCGAACAAUCCUGAUUCAAAUUGUACACAGUUGUACGUGCGUUUUAGAUAAACACCUGAAAUUUCUCGUUGAGAUUCCCGAAUGAUCCCGUCGGAAAAUUUCCAAAAAGUGUCCUUACAGAAACAGUUCUUGGGUCUGCACUGAAAUUGGAUGACUCCUUCCUCUUUCCCUCGCCCCAACUCUUCCAACAAAGUUCGUCUUGUAAACAAUAAAAUCAAAUGCUGACUCAGCAGAACUGAAACAAAAUACUUGAACGCGGAAGAGUCGAUUUCCCCAGUUUUUCGCAGUAUUCCCGGAUAGCCCCUGAGAAUCGUCAGCCGAGCCGGUUGGAAUAUGCAGUAGAUGACAAAACGGGAGCACUAAAAACAAAGGAUGAACCUGAAUGGGU